CCUUAUGUUAUUAAACAGAGACUCAGCGAGUGAAUCUAUCCAGAGCUGGAGCCUCCUUUGCGGCUUGGGAACACCAGGGGCACCGUGGCUCGAGAUCAUUUUGGCUAUGGCUGUAGAACCCAGCAGCUCAGGGUCCAUGAAAAGGAGAGUUGGAAGGAGAAUGAAGAAGAUGAGCAACAUUUAUGAGUCUGCUGCCAACACUCUGGGAAUCUUUAACAGCCCCUGCCUGACCAAAGUUGAGCUGCGUGUGGCCUGCAAAGGCAUUUCGGACAGAGAUGCCCUUUCCAAGCCAGACCCCUGUGUCAUCCUCAAGAUGCAGUCCCAUGGGCAGUGGUUCGAGGUUGACAGAACAGAGGUGAUUCGCACCUGCAUAAACCCGGUGUAUUCAAAACUGUUUACUGUGGACUUUUACUUUGAAGAGGUGCAGCGCCUGCGGUUUGAGGUCCACGACAUCAGCAGCAAUCACAACGGGCUGAAGGAGGCCGACUUCCUGGGCGGCAUGGAGUGCACACUUGGCCAGAUUGUUUCCCAGAGAAAGCUGUCCAAAUCCUUGUUGAAGCAUGGGAACACGGCUGGGAAAUCCUCCAUCACGGUGAUUGCUGAGGAAUUAUCUGGCAAUGAUGACUAUGUUGAACUUGCAUUCAAUGCCCGGAAAUUGGAUGAUAAGGAUUUCUUCAGUAAAUCUGACCCGUUUCUGGAAAUCUUUCGUAUGAAUGAUGAUGCAACUCAGCAGCUCGUGCACCGAACUGAGGUGGUGAUGAAUAACUUAAGCCCAGCCUGGAAAUCAUUUAAAGUAUCCGUAAAUUCUCUAUGCAGUGGAGAUCCAGACCGCCGGCUGAAGUGCAUAGUAUGGGACUGGGAUUCCAACGGCAAACAUGACUUCAUUGGAGAAUUCACCUCGACAUUUAAGGAGAUGAGAGGAGCGAUGGAAGGGAAGCAGGUGCAGUGGGAGUGUAUCAACCCCAAGUACAAAGCCAAGAAGAAGAAUUACAAGAAUUCAGGCAUUGUGAUUUUGAAUCAAUGCAAGAUCCACAAGAUGCAUUCUUUCUUGGACUACAUCAUGGGUGGCUGCCAAAUCCAGUUUACAGUAGCUAUAGAUUUCACUGCCUCAAACGGGGACCCCAGGAACAGCUGUUCCCUGCACUACAUCCACCCUUACCAACCCAACGAGUACCUGAAGGCCUUGGUGGCUGUGGGGGAGAUUUGCCAAGACUAUGACAGGUACGAGACUUGCAGUAGGCUCAGGCCUUAUCAUCUUUCUAUGGGUUCCAGUCAUCCCCGGCUAAUCCUUGACAGAGAAUGGAAAAUAAGUCUAGCAACUCAUCAUGCAGAGGCUCAUGUCUCUCAUGACUUCGCAAUCAACUUUAAUGAAGACAACCCAGAAUGCGCAGGAAUUCAAGGAGUUGUGGAAGCCUAUCAGAGCUGCCUUCCUAAGCUCCAACUUUAUGGCCCCACCAACAUUGCCCCCAUCAUUCAGAAGGUUGCCAAGUCAGCAUCAGAGGAGACUAAUACCAAGGAAGCAUCGCAAUACUUCAUCCUGUUGAUCCUGACCGAUGGCGUCAUCACAGACAUGGCCGACACCCGGGAGGCCAUCGUCCACGCCUCCCACCUCCCCAUGUCAGUCAUCAUCGUGGGAGUGGGCAAUGCUGACUUCAGUGACAUGCAGAUGCUGGAUGGUGACGACGGGAUUCUGAGGUCGCCCAAGGGAGAGCCUGUCCUUCGAGACAUUGUCCAGUUUGUGCCCUUCAGGAACUUCAAACACGCAUCUCCAGCUGCCCUGGCAAAGAGCGUGUUGGCUGAAGUCCCAAACCAAGUCGUGGACUAUUACAAUGGCAAAGGGAUUAAGCCGAAGUGUUCCUCAGAGAUGUAUGAGUCUUCCAGGACACUAGCACCGUGAACCCCACGCACUUUUACAGAGUUCUGAAAUACUAUCCCUGCUAAUAUUUAAUACUUCUACUACUCCAGUACUUAAAAGAAAACACACAUACGCAUUUAAAAAUAGCACGUUUUGGUGAUUUUUAACUAACUGACAAUUUUUUUGCAUGUGUAGCCCUAAGGCCUGGACCUGUUAAGCCCUUGUAUUGUUAAAGACUUUUUACAAAGAAACACAAAUAAUUACAACAUACUCUUGAUAGCAUGUCGCCUUGAAAUAAAAUGGUAUCUGUAUCCAUUUUUUUAUACAGGUUUGUUGAAAUUUUGCUAAAUUUCUUAUUAUCUUUACACUGUAAAGCAUUUUGAAACAUUUAUUGGAUGUUGAUAGCCAAAAUAUACUUGGUUUUAUCUGCUGCAGGGUGAGAGACUUUUCAAAAUGGCAGAUGCAUGGACUGUAUUUUGCAUGUUUAAAAUAAAAAAAAAACCCACCCACACUGUUUUUGCAGUUGUUAUCUAUAAUUCAUCCCUGCUGAGAGUGGUUUCUCUAUUGAAGAAGAGGUUUACCCACCUAGAGGUAGUCUUCUUGACGUGGGCCUGGGGCACUUAGCCCAGCACCUCUCAGACAUUACUGUGUACGCAAAUCACCUGAGGCUCUUGCUAAAAUGCAGAUUGUGAUGCAAUAGGUCUGUAUGGGACCAAGCUUCGACAGCUCUGACAAGGUCCCAGGGGAUGCAAAGCUGUCCUCAGACCACACUAAGAGUACUGAGGUUCUAGACUUUAGGGUGUAAUCGUAGAGACCUUCCGAAACAGGGCAGCACGUAGUCCGCUAGAGAAUGGCGCCUCCUCCCCGCCAGUAGCACAAAGGUCCCGCCUGUCUCCAAAGUGGGAGUAGAAAGUGAUGAGACUGAUGCCAGAAUCGGCCCACCCCAAAUCAGUCUCACUGCUUUACAGUCGCACCACUCCCUUCAACAGAUAAGGGAGUGCUCUUCCUGACUGGCCCCUGCCUUCUUACAGGCGGCAUCUCACACCUUGCAUGAAUGGUUCCAUGCCUAUGUCAUUCCCUAGGAAUGACCUCUGAAACUCUUCAAUAGAACCACAACAGUGGAGACGUCCAUGGCCAAUGGCUAUGCAGUGUGGCUCCCCAGAAAUGUGGCCCACCACGUUGGUUUUUAAGCUUAGAGUGGGGCUUCCUUUUGCCUCUUUUUAUCACUCCGAGAGCAAACUCUAUGAGCAGGAAUGCCUGGAAUCAUUGUUUUAGGUAAAGGUGUUUUGUUUCAAUAUAAAUUGGCCAGUCUUCAAAUGGAAGAAUGAAUGUUUUACGUGUAUAAUCUUCUCACAGAAAAAUGGACAAGUGUUUGCAGGCAUAACAGGCACAAGAUGGAACUUAUUUUUUGGUCAGAGGGAUGGGGAAAUAAAUCACAGGGCAAAAUAGAUCUGCUUGUUGUUUGUUGGGGGCGGAGGGAGUAUUAACAAGCAAAUCAAAUGCCUUGCAUAAUUUCCAGUGUUAUAAUUAUAGAUCCUAACCUUGCAAAUACAUGUCAGCCAAAUGCACAACAUUUUGGGAAUGAUGGUAAAAAUGUAUGACUGAAAAAAAUCAUAAAUAUUUAAACUGUAUUGUUUUAUGAAUAAAUUGGGUA